CGCCCGGGACGGGUGCAGGUCGCUCCGCGGACUGCUGCGGUGGCUUCCAGGGCGCCACGCUUCCUGCGGACCAGAGGAUGCCCUGCGCGACCGACCCUCUGAGAUCCCCGCAUCUGUCCGCGGGACCGACUCUCUGUCACCGUCUCUCAGGUCACCGGGUCGGCCGCACGGACUCUCUCUGAUGACGCUCCUCAGUUGCCCACACUCGCGCCAUCCGAGGUUGGGACAGACCCACCUGGGUGGGGUUGAGCUGUGGUCCACACCUGGGCAAAGGCUGCUAAGGAGAGCUCGGGAGCAGCCCUGUCUUCCGACCCGCCUCUGGUGGGAUCCCGACUCCGGAGGGCGGCUUCUCAGAUAGCUACCCAAGAAAACACCAUGAAAGAUACUGACAUCAAGAGACUUCUGUAUACCAAUCUUUUGUGCAUAUUUUCAAUUUUCCUAAGCAUUUGUAUUCCAUCCUUCUUCUUGGACAACUUCUCAAUAUUGGAAACUCACUUGACCUGGUUGUGCACUUGCUCUGCUUUUGUGACCGCUGUCAAUCUCCUGUUAUACUUAGUAGUGAAACCGAAUGUGUCCUCUAAAAGAAGUUCAUUAUCACAUAAGGUAACCCGAAUUUUGAAAUGCUGCGUCUACUUUCUUAUGUCCUGUUUUUUCCUUCAUAUCAUUUUUGUUCUAUAUGGAGCACCACUAAUAGAGUUGGUACUGGAGACGUUUUUAUUUGCAGUUGUUUUGUCUACUUUUACUACGGUACCUUGUCUAUGUUUGUUAGGACCAAACCUCAAAGCAUGGCUGAGAGUUUUCAGUAGAAAUGGAGUUACAUCUAUUUGGGAGAAUAGCCUUCAGAUCACUACAAUUUCUAGUUUCAUAGGAGCAUGGCUUGGAGCAUUUCCUAUUCCACUGGAUUGGGAAAGACCGUGGCAGGUGUGGCCCAUCUCCUGUACACUCGGAGCGACCUUUGGCUAUGUGGCUGGCCUGGUUAUCUCGCCACUCUGGAUCUACUGGAAUAGAAAGCAACUUACAUACAAGAACAAUUAAGAGGAGAGAGGAGAGAGUUAUUUCUCUGUGCAGAUUCCAUAAGGGCUGUGCAGAAGUGACAUGGUCAAGCCAAGCAGUCCGUUUACAGCACUGUUGUUUUCUAAAUGUCAUUUCAACAUGAUGUGAUUGUAACUAUGAAACCCCUGAGAGAUUGUACCUUCUAGUUGAAAUAAAGUAUUUAUAGUA